AUGGCAAAAUCCUUGAUUUUUAUAACUUUGAUUGCCUACUUUGGCCACUCAAUUUUGGCUGAGACUGGAGUUGCAUCUCCCUUAAAAACCUUGGCAAAGACCACUUCCGAAUCCAGCAAAAAUGUGCCAAAACGUAGUCUAGAUGCCUUCUUAGGCGAUGCGGGAAUCAAUGGCUUGCCGGCUGCAGGUGGUGGUUGGUCUUCGGGAGGUUUUAAGUUGGCCGGUUUCUCCGGUGGUUGGAAUCCUUGGAAUUCUCACUCAUCCCGCUACAUCUCCUCACCAUCGCCCAGUGAGGUUGCCAAUGCCAUUGCUGCCGCCAAACAGGCUUCCAGCAAUGUUUUAAUUGCUCAACAACAAAUGCAGGCGGCCAAAGAGAAUGUCCUCAACCAACAACGUAUGGCCAUGGAAAAGGAGGCAGCUGCCGCUUUACUUACCCAAAAAUCCGAGGCAGCUGCUGCCAUACAACGCUCUGAGGCUGCUGCUGCAGCUCAGGCAGUGGUGCUGGCCCAACAACGUUUGGCUGCAACCAAAGCUGCCGUGGCCCAUCAGCAACGCAUUGCUGCUGCCCGUGAAGCUGAAGCUGCCGAAGCCUUGAAACGUUCAGCCCAUGCCGCAGCGGCUGAGAUACAAAAGACCGAAUAUGAAGCCUCAAAGUUGGGGCAGUUGGCAAGCAACAACAACGCUGGGGCUGCUCAUCAUAUGACUUAUGCCAAAGAUGCGGCCUUUGGUCCCAUCAAUGCUGGCACAAAUCAUGUUCCCAAUUUGGAGUCGUUGGGUCCUUGGUCAGGUGCCGGCGGCGCUGCUGCCGGAGGAGGAAAGGCUGCCGGUCCAGCUGGUUGGUUGUAAACUUCCAAAUCAUUUUUGUUUUAAUUUUUUUGUGGCGCUGCUGAUGAUCAGUUGCUUUAGCUAUGUAAGCUAUAUUACUCCAUAUAUAUUUAGUUGAA